AUGGGUACCCCGGACAUUGCUGGUGUAAGACAGCCGGCGGGCUCUGAGAAUCCGGACCCCGACCUUAUCAAGGUACAAAAUGAAGAUGAGUUGCGUCUGGCCCAGAUGGGCCAUAAACAAGAACUCGCUCGACAUUUUUCCGUAUGGAGUUUGAUCGGACUCGCAGCCAACUGUACAAUCUCUUGGACCGGUUUGGGUCUGGGUUUGAUCACAGCUAUCAAUGCCGGCGGCCCUGGUGCUCUCAUCUACGGCUUCAUCCUCGUAUGGAUUCUCCAAUCCUUCGUCGGCGCCUCUCUGGCCGAAUUUGUCUCAGCUUACCCGACCGAAGGUGGCAUGUACCAUUGGAUCGCUGCAAUCGCCCCGAAGCGCUACAACAGCAUAUUGAGCUUCGCAACAGGAUGGUCCACUGUCUUUGGAUGGAUCUUCACAACUGCCUCCACAAACUUGAUCUAUGCAACUACUGUAAUGGCUCUGAUUGCUCUUUACCAUGAGGAUAUGGUUGUGAAGCCGUGGAUGACUUUCGUCGCCUAUCAAAUCCUCAAUAUCGUGACUUCCGGUAUUGUCAUGUUCGGAAACCGAUUCAUUCCUGCAAUCAAUAAAUUUUCGUUGAUCUACUUACAAUUAGCUUGGUUCAUUACAAUGGUCACCGUGGCUGCUGCUGCGCCCGUGCACAAUAAUAGCAAAUUUGUUUUCCGAACUUGGAUCAACAAUACUGGAUGGGACAACAAUGUCAUGUGCUUCAUUACAGGCUUGGUGAAUCCGCUGUAUUCACUCGGCGGACUGGAUGGCAUCUCACACAUCACCGAAGAAAUGCCUAAUCCCGGAAAGAAUGCGCCUUUAGGUCUUGCUAUCACCCUUUCUAUCGCGCUUGUCACUGGAUUGGCAUAUCUCCUGAGUCUGAUGUUCUCGGUCCAGAACUACAAUUCACUGGCGGAUACACAGACUGGACUUCCUUUAGCUGAGAUAUUCUACCAGGCGACUUCAACCAAAGGCGGUGCUUUUGGCCUAGUUUUCAUGGUAUGGAUUGCUCUGGGACCCUGUGUUAUUGGGUCGCAACUUAGUACCGGACGAGUCUUUUGGGCUUUUGCCCGUGAUGAAGGCCUACCUCUUUCACGAGUAUGGGCGCGCGUUCAUCCCAGACUAGGCUCACCUUUCAACGCCCAGCUCUGUGUUGGUGUGAUCAUCUCAUUGUUGGGCCUUAUCUAUCUAGGAUCCACUACCGCAUUUAAUUCGAUGAUGAGCUCUGCCGUUACCAUCAACAACCUCGCCUAUCUCGUCCCUAUCCUGACCAACGUCAUCCUUUUCCGCAAAACAAUGCAGAAGGGUCCAUUCUCCAUGAAUCAGAUUACCGGAAUGACGGUCAAUAUUAUAUCCGUCUUGUGGCUGGUAUUCGCUAUCAUUUUCUUCUCUUUCCCUUUCGAGAUGCCUGCGACAUCUUCAAACAUGAAUUAUACUUGUGUCGUCAUUGGCGGUUUCCUGUUGAUCGAGCUCGCGUGGUGGUUAAUUGCAGGUAAAAAAUAUUCGCAGACGGUGCAGCGCGCACGGGAAGAAGAAUACAAUGCAUCGAUGAUUGUAAAUGAAGCACAGCCGAAAGCAUGA